AUACAAUUACGAAAACAAGCGCAUAAAUGUCUCCCCGCGAUAUUUUCGUAAGAAAUGACUUCUACAAAUGAUGGAAAAGACGUGAAAAGUAAUCAAACAAGUGGCCCAAAAGGCAAAACAUAUUACAUUGAACUUUACAAGUCGCUCGAGGCGGGGCUGAGCGGCGACUGUGAGUUCCGCGAGCGCACACAACACCUGUGCGAGGCGUGGCGACGCAUUCACAGUCUCUGCCAGCACUCGGCGCCCUCGACGCACCCGCAUCUGCUGAGCUGGCUGCAGAGGCACACUGCGAGGCUCGUGCUGCAGACGGAAUGGCAAUCCCCAAAAAGUAAAGAAGAACACAGUAGCCUUGAGGAAGCUAUCAAUGCCUUCAUCAAGGAGUGCUCAGAGCACCCUGGCGGCAGCAGAGAUGCGGGCCCGCCGCCCUGGGAGGUGCAGCUUGUGGCGCGGGGGGAAUGGUUCAAGAAAAUCUUGGAGAACCCCUGGGGACAUCCAGUGCUUAGGGCACUGUUGGACCCCAGGGGGGAACCGCCUUCGGAUCAGGAAGUACUAGAAUGGCUGAAGGAGGAGCGCGGCGUGAUGUUCGUGACGCGGCUGCGGCAGCUGGCGGCCUCCAAGUGCGACGACCUGGCGCUGGCACUGUCCUCCGCCGUCAUGCAGCGCGUGCGCAGCGACCGCCCGCCCGCUGAUGCUGACGGCAGCGACCAGCCGCCCAGCCAGCAACCAGCUGCUGAUGUCACAGAUAAAUCGAAGGCGGAUAACAAACCGUCGUUUGAAGACAUCCUGAAGUCUGAAGCAGGGUUUACAGUGGACGUGUGGGAGUUACUCACUGACAUAGAGUUUGUGUUGCUACAUAAACGAGACAAACGUGCGCGCUGUAUCGAACUGGCUAAGCAAACUCCUCUCCGCAACGGCUACCAGCUGGUGGAGAGGUUACAAAGCCGGCUCGAUACUUCGCCACGCGAGAAGAAACUAUGGAAGAACGCCAAAGAAGUCGCUACGCUUAUUGCACAGGUGAUAAUAACCCGGUGCAUGGUGGUGCCGACAUGCGCGGGCGCGGCUCGCACGGCGCUGUACUGCUGCGCGCGGUCGCUGGUGCGGGCGCUGGGCAGCAGCCUGCCGUGCGCGGCGCGAGCGCUGGCCGCGCCCGCCUCCACCGCCCGCCAUCUGCACACCCUCGCCGCUGCUGUCGAUGCGCACAGCACGGAGGACAUGAAGCCGUUUGUAUGCGAGCUGUAUGUGCGAGCCAUCACCGCCGGCAUGAAUGAGCUAGAGAGGCUCAAACUUAAGACUGAAAAGGAAGAGGAGACUCGUUCAGCGGAACAAACACUAGCGUCAUGGUUCAGCCAGUUGGGGGCAUUACUGUCAGCAUCAGAGCGUCUCCGCUGCGAGUGCUUGCUGACGGCCUUCUCCGUGCACCCUACUCCCGCCAGCUACGAACGUAUCAAAGCUGCGCCGCCACUCGCGUCGAGGACACUGGACGUCCACGAGACAAAAGAGGCACCGAACCCAGAAUUCGGAAGCUGGGCGAGCGACUCUCGCUCGCAGACCAACUUCGUCAAGACUUCGGAGACCCUCAACCUCAAACACACGCAGAAUCGAGCGAAUGUGCUGUCCACGGCUAUAUUCAGCGAGGGCGAAGCCCUAGGCAUCAGCCCUGAGCUUUGUACGGAUAUCGCCGUGCUGCUGUCUGGACCUAGACUGAAGACUCUUUCUUGGGAUACUGACAGAGAUGUGCUGCUAUCGAACUGCCGCACAUACAUGGAGCGUACGAACAACGGCACCCGCGCCCUCACCACCGAGCUCAAGUACCUCAACCUGGACCCCAGCCAGUUCCAGCACCUGCCAGAGGAGGACGAUGAUGAUGGAGACAUGUACUACGGCAUUGAGAAAGGCUAUGAGCAUCUAGUGGAAUACCAAGAACCAGAGGAAAUAUGGCAAGACGCAGAUGACCCCGAACGAACAGAAAGCGCCAAAUCAGACGACGACACUGAAUUCCCUAUCAAAACUAAGAAAUUAAAUAGAAAGACCAGGAAACCACUAUCUUCGGAAGAUGACUCUGACCCCCUCAGCCUCGUGGCAGAAGCCAAGAGAGAAGAAAAGAAAAAGAAAGAACGUCCACACAGCAAAGAAAGAAGUAAAGAGCGUAAAAGAUCUAAAUCAAAACCGAAGCCGAAAGAUCCUCUCGAUAUGGGAGAACACAGCACAGAGAAGAAGACAGAAAAAGAACCCAAAAAGAAAGAGAAACGAAGCAGGAAGAAGAAGGAGAAAGAGCCACCGAGUGUGGUUCAGACUUCUUCUCUGUCCAGUCUUAUUGGUAUGAAGAUUACUAAGCAUGCAGUCGGGGGAACUGACUGUACCAACACUGUUGCUAACACUCCUUCCGUCAGUGAUAGUGAUUAUGACAGCCAACGGAAGUGCUCCGUCAUUUCGGAAAACAACGAGACUGAUGUCCUAUUUGAUGGCCUAUUCUCUAUGGACGAACUAAAGUCUCCAGAAAAGAGUCCAGGUAAAAAUCCCCUCGUGAAAUAUAUGGAUAAUCAUAAUGCUAACGGUAAAAUCGCUGUUAGCAUGCCGACUCAACCGCCAACUUAUGACAACAGAAUGGAAAUUACAAAACCUACUGUGGUAAGCAGAACGAAAUCGAGAGAUAGUUCACCAAGCAACCCAACUUCCAGUUUGAGUCCAGCUAGUCAAACAGUUAAAGAGAGCCUAACUAAAUUACUACACUACAGGAGACAGAAAACCCUUUUGGAGAAUGAAAAGAGAAUCAAUUUGCAGCCAAAUGUCGUACAUUCAUACAGUUAUGUGCAAGGAGCUGAGAAUCCUAUUAUAACGCCUCAAGUACCAAGUCCACAGCCAUCUUCGCAAGUCAGCUCAGUCAAUGUUCCAGAGAAACCUAAAGUCUUCAUGAACCAAACACAGUCUGAACAGCUCGCGGAACUGAGAAAUGAAGUAAAUAGCUUGCUCAGUGCAAAAACUUUUGGUAUUGCAAGACCGGUUAUACAGUAUAGUCCUAAGAGCAACAACAGUUUGACGAACAAUGCCCAGACAAGUGGGGUUAGAUUACCGAACCCUGGAGUCUCGCAGAAACCGCCGACUUAUAAAAUUCCUCAAAGUCCCGUCAGGUCUGCUACAAGUGCUGAGCCGAAGACCACUCCGUCACGCUCUCAUGUUGCUCAAACCAGUAAUAAACCGAAAUCUGUUGACUCGCCAAGUCAGCAGAAGUUUCAUAUAUUCCUUAAAGAGUUGCAAGAGUCUAUCAACGCAGGGGCUGAUGUAGACACCACUCGGAACGUUCCAGUGAAGAAAGAAGUGAAACCUAUGAACAGGGUGACACCUAUAAUGCCGGCUAAACCUCAACCCAAGACAUCUCCACAAUGUGCCAAAACCCAAAAGAAGUCGGAUAACUUUUUAAACACAUUCUCGCGUCUCAGUUAUUUACAUAAAAAUAAAAUGGACACGAAAGCAAAUGGAAAGAACGUUGUUGAAGCCCUAAUAGAAUAUCAGAGCAAAACGCUGCAACACCCUCCUGACGAAGACGAGAUUAAUCGUAUUAUAUCAGAACAAAAAGCUGCAAAAGCGAAAUACCUGAGUUUAAAAAGCGAUCCAGUACCGUCUACAGUAGACCGAUCGCCAUGUCCGCCCCCAAGGACCAAACCAAGUUUACUGAAAAAUCAAGAGAAAUCAAAGCCUGGUAAUGCUGCAAAGCAAAAUCCAAUAAUCGCCAACAUACUUCAGUCGAACCCUAAACUUACAAUUAAACCGGAACCAGUAACCAGAACUAUGCCAGUAGAACGACCGCGGGAUCCUCCGACACCUACAAGAUGUUCGUCACUUACUGAGAGAGAUCAACAGGACUUACUGCUCCUUCUACGACAACAGACUAAACUAAAUAAUCGUCCGGCGAAGGUCGAAAAUGUUAAAGUUGAAAAUAUAAAGGAGAGGGUACAACCCCCACAAACGAUUACCAAUCACAUACCUCCAUUGAACUAUUCUCUUCCUAGCACUAGUCAGUCGUCAAACAAAAUCAACAUGUUAGACGCUCCUAGCAUUUCUUACACUAACAUCAAACAAGUAACAAAACAUAGUCCAAGUGUGAAACCAUCCAAUGCAAAUAAUAUCGAUUUGCGAAUACCGCAUACAAAACCUUUGAACAUGGUCAAGACUGAACUUAAUGGUACUAAGACCGUUGAUCAGAAACCUCACAGUAACAGUGAAACUAAGACGACAAAGAACAAAACUGCUGUCAAAUCUGGCGUGGAUAAGCAGGGAACUGAUUGGGAGAAAGUAAUGGACGCCAUUUUGUCUCAUAAAACUCCAAGCAGAGGACCGAAUGCCCUUGAUAUGGCUUUGAACAAAGAGGCCUAUGAUAAAUCGCUAUCAGAGAGUUUGCGAAAGCAAAGGAUAGUGAAAGUGAAUUCCUCUGGUGAUGCACGAGCCUUUACAGAAGUGAUAUCUAGAGGCUCGUCAGAUCCGGCAUUGCAUUCUGAUCAACCGCAACGAACCCACACACCCAUAAUUCUGAGCCGUUCUAACACAGAAAGCGUUAUCAAGACUAAUAAAAAUAAAACAUAUACGAAAUCUUCACAAAAGGUUGUUCAGAAAAGUCUAAUGAACAAUAGUGUUCUUCAUGCCAAUCCAAACUUAACUAGACCGAUUCAAACGGAAACAACAAAACGACAUAUUCAGACUGAGAAAAGACCAAGCCACUCAAAAGACCAAAUUGAUGUACUUAAGAAAAUACCUAACAAACAUCAUGAGAAACAGUUUACUGCUUCGUAUUAUAAAGAAGAGGACCCAUUUAUUUCUGGUAUUCCUAACUCUGAUUACGAUCUCCUUGAAGAAUUAAUGGAUGAUGAUUUGCGACAAGAAAUUGGGGAACUAUCAUCUGACGAAGAUAGUUACAGAACACCCAUGCAAGGACUGAAAGAUAAAGCUUUCCCUAUUAAUAAGCAUAAUAUAACUCCUGCGAUGUUAGAGGAAAAGCUCAUAAAUCCUUCAGUAAUUAACUCAACACCGGUGCAUAAGAAACCAGCGCCAAAAGCACGAUGUGAUAUUCCUAAGACUGCUUUUGAUCAUACAAAACUUCAACAAUCGGAAUCGGCCAAUGUGAAGUCUGUUAUAAAAAAUCCUGUAGGUCUGAAAAUAGGUGACAUCCUACGCCAACAGCCUAAAACUGUUGUUACGAUACCGAAAACGAACGAACCAAGCUUUAACAUAAAUCCAAAUCAAACGCGUAAUGUCGAUCAGGCGAAUACAUUUGUGGCUGCUGUGCCGCAACAAGCUGCGGCAAAGAACGUCGUCAUUGGAGUCAUUGGAUCAGAUCUCGUGUACCAGCACUGCGCGGUUAAGAACCCGCCUCGUCAAGCUACUGCCCCGCAGAGUUCGUAUGUGGCGUACAAUAAGCAACCAAACGUGGCUGUAUAUCAGACGACGCAGUUCGCUGCACCGGUUGUGAAGCCACUGAUCAUAGGAAACGCUGUCACGGUGCCUGCACCUAAUACACAAGUGAAGGCAUCACCUUUGGUAACGCUCUCUAAUAAACCUGAAAUUACUGUCCAAACAGUGACCAAACACAGGGCCGAUAGUGACAGAACAAAUAAAGAAGAAAUUAGAAAAGAAUUUCAACAUAAAACGACAAACAAUGCCUCAAAGGACACUAAACCCGAGCCAAAGACUAAUAAAGUUGAGACUGUAACCAGUGAUACUCAGAAGGUGGAAAAGGAAAAAGUGGAUAUUAAUUCUAAUAAGAAUGUUUGUGAAAGAAAGGUAUUGUCUGAAGUACAAGAAAAACAAAAGUUAGCUUCAGCUGAGAAAACCGAACCGAAAAUAACAAGAAGCCAAUCAAAAAUGUCUUUCGAACGAGAUAUGGUCAAUGAAGUGUUAAAAGAUCAAGAACGACUGCAAAAGAAACGAUUGUCUAUCAUUAAUCGGAAUAUCAGUCAUCGAAUCGAUAAAACAGUUAUACCAUUAACGUAUGCUCCGCUUGUCAUUAAACCCAUUGUAUGUAAAACCCAAGAGAAACGACCGAAAAUUAAAAUUACUUCAGAUGUCAUUGUCAAUAAAAUUCCAAGCGUUAAACUAGAGUCUAUGAACAUCAAAGUUAGGAAUGGAGAAUCAUUGGAAACUAACACAACUGAAAAACCAGAUAAAACUGUCGGCAGCGAAAAUUGCAAGGAGAAUAAAGAUAAAAUUCCAGUUCGACGUAUUCUAUUACGAUCAUCGAAUAAAGACCUUAAUUUAAACACGGCAGUUGCUGAGAAAGUCAAGUCACUUCAGGUUCCAGUCAAGAAAUUAAGAGUGAGACUAAAACCCACACCUAGAAUAGUUUCAAGUACGACUACAGCAACUGUGAACAACACCGUCAGCUGCACCGGAGCGAAUUUAAACAAAAUAAUCAUAGUUAAAAAACGGUCACCAAAGAAGAUAGUGAACAAAGCAAUAAAGAAAACUGAGAUCAAGAAGAAACCUAUUAAAAUUCAGCCUAAGAGAAAUGCUAAAGUGACAUCAACUGAGCUUAAAACUCAAGAAAAGUCUCAAGCGCUUGAUCUACCAAGUGAUAUACCAGAUCUAACAGAUCUUGAGGAAGAAAUAUUAACUUGCAAAAUACCCAAGUCUCUGAGCGGGCCUGUGCCGCCUUUGGAGGAAAUUCCGAACGUUGAAGAAAUUCUAGGAAACAUUGAUAAUGAUAUCAUGGAUGAUGCUAAAAGUGACUACUGUUCCAGUCCAAGCAUUUUAGAAAAAGACGAUUCUUUGAAACCACUAUUAUGUAAUGAGGUUAUUGAUACUCCUGAUAAUGACGUGCCUCCUAUUCCUCAAGAAUACGGUAGUGAGAAUAAUGACAGUAAUGGUUUAGUACUGAAAGCAAAGGAAGAUGAGGUUCCGACAAUAAUUGAAACUAUAAAGAAACCUUCCACUAGGAAUGAAGCUCUCAAAUCCUCUGAUUUAGCUUCCAAGACGGUGAAAUCUACGUCAAAUAACGAAAUAAUGAAUGAAAUUGAGAGUUAUAUUAAGAAAUUAGAAGACAGAAUAAAGGACACCGCUGAAACCCAACGUUUAGAUUUAGAGUGCAAAGAAAUAAUGUUUAGCACCGAUGCCAGUCCGUUGAUGCAAUCUGAAAGAUCUGCCUCACAGACACCUGAAAUACCCGCGUCGCAAUCGUCUGAAGUCAACGCGAACCAGCUUGAAAGAUCAGCACCUCAUGCUGGAAGCUUCACGUCGCAGCCUGUAAUUAAGACUCCUGAAGCAGCACAAGCUACAGCGGUAAAGAUAACUGAAACUAAUGUAAGCCAAACAAAUACUAAGAUAUCGAAAGAACCUGAGAACGAUGACAUUAUUUGCCUCGAUGAAGAGGAUGAUGAAGUUACUAAAGGCGCUGAAAACACAAACAACCCCAAUCAGACGCAGAACAGAAGUUAUACUAAUUCCAAUCAGAAUAAGAGUCAAAACAGCAGCAUAAACACUGACCUGCCUAAAGCUUACAUGGAUUCCAUACAAAUUGAAGACUUACCACAUUUAAAUAAGGGAGAUCCGACGAAGAAGUGCGUGCGUAUCAAACUACCCUGCGGAAAAGUAUUCAAAGCUACUGUUCAUGGGCAAAUUCAUGUAGACACUAACACAUUGUUCAAGGACCCAGCAUUACGCGCAGUUUUAUUAAGCAAUAUCUCCAACAAAAAGCGAUAUACUCUAAACGUGAAACAAAUGUCGACAUCCAAUAAGUCGAAUCCAGAUAAAAUAGUAGAGUCUCGUAUACAAGAAAUACGAUUGGCGGCGCCUAAACCAAAACUAGAUAACGUCGUUGAAACUAUCGAUUUACUCAGCGAUUCAGAUGAAGAUAGUCCAAAGGAGAAAAUGAACAUAGCACAACAUUUAAACACUGAAUUUGGUAAAUAUAAAGUGAAUAAUAUGGAAAAGCAGCUUCUAGAAAAACAUCAGAAGAUACUCGACAAAAAGUGUGUUGUGAAAUUGAAAAGAGAGAAUUCAAACGCCUCAUAUAAUGAACAAUUUAAAGAAGUUCAAAAUAAAGAAUCAACACCUGACCACUUAGAAUCAAGUCAAACGACAGUAAAUGUUGAGGAAUCUGGUUUGGUGAACUCACUUCCACCCGUCUCUCACAUACCUGGUGAUGUUGAACAGAAUGAGCCUGCUGCUCAGACCAGUAAAGUCCCGGUUGAGCCUGUUACUACACCAAGCGAACCUAUCAUUCAGACUGAUAUUCAACCUGUCAGUGCGUCUGAUAAUUCUGUCCAGACUUGUGAUGUACCCAUGACCCAGACUAGUGAUAAACCCAUGAUGCAAUCAGUGAUCCAGCCUGUCGUGCAAUCAGAGAUUCGACCUGUAAUACAGUCUGUUAUUCAACCUGUUAAACAGUCUGUGAUUCAGUCUGUUGUCCAGUCUGAAAUUGAACCGGUGAAACUUUCAGUUAUUCAACCUGCUAAGCGUUCUCACAUUCAACCUGUCGCACAGACUGUGAUCCAACCAGUCAUGCCACCUGUUGAUGAUUCUGAAAUUCUACCUGCUAUUGAGACUGCUAAGCCUGUGAUUCAGCCAAUUCAACCUGCUACUGCGACAGCUAAGCCUUUGAAUCAGUCUGAGAUUCAACCUGCAAACGAGGAAAUGGUACCGCCUGCUCCAUUACACAUUUUGCCUGCUAUUCCAUCUGAGCGUCAAUCUGAUCGUCAAUCUGAUCUUCUGUUUAAUGUAGAAGAAACAAUUCUGCCGGAUAUCCAAUCUAUUCCUCAGACAGUAAUUCUAAAAACUACUCAAUCGGAUGUGAAAAAUAUAAUUCAAUCAAUAACCGAAGUACCAGAAACUAUUAAACCAGUUUUACAACCUACAACAGCAGCACCUGAAGAAGUCAUUGAAAUUGAUGAUUCAUCCAAUGAUGAAGAUAUGAUCGUUCCAGAUCUUAAUAACAGAGAUGAGAAAACCAUAGUUGGACUGAUGCCCGCGCAAACCAUCGUUGAACCGUUUACAGUCACACACAGAAUUACUGCACCUGAAACGCUUGUUGAUUCGAACAAGCCAGUCGAAGAAAAGAUUAUAGAAUUCAAGAAUCUACUUUUCAAAGAUCUUGGUAUUGAAGAUCUUGCUGAAAAUUCAUCACAGUCUGGAGACAUGAUACUUUCAUUCUCAGGCGCUCCUCUAGCCGCAGAAAGCGAUAAUUCUGUUAGCAAUGAAUCUAUGACAGCCCCUAUAUUACCAAAAUGUUUCGUGAAGUUGACUAAGUGUGACGAACUAGUAAGGAAAUACGAAAAUUUGAAAAUGCUGAAGAAAUGCUUUAUUAAAUUAGUCAGGUGUGAUGACAUAGUUAAAAGCUUUACUGAACGGCCCAUUGAAGUUACUGAUGAACUUUCUGAUGACGUUAUAGAUAUGGAAGAUCAUGUACUUGAAGAUGCUGCAAUAGAUGUGGUGCCGUUGUCGCGUUGCGGAUCAUUCUCAAUUCUUGCCGAUUACGAAGUGCUUGAUGCUCUACAAGAAAAUGAAAAAUUGAGUUUCAAUGACAGAAGUAGUUCCCCCGUAAUGGCAGCAUACGAGACUAUUGCCUCAUUGUGCAGUCAACCUGAAAUGGCUAAACAAAACGAACAAAUACCGCUAGACAAAUUGACAUGUCAGAGUGAAUGGUUAUUGACUAAACCUAAUACCCAUUUACAAUAUAAAAACAAUCAUAUCAAAGAUAUUGAGAGAUGUGCUCCGUAUGCAGAUUCUCAAGUAUCUUCAAGUGAAACAAAUCUAUCUAAAGUAAAGCCUUUAACAACUUUAGUAUUGAAGCUUUUCGAGGAUCAAUCAAUUUUAGAUAAAGUGACAUCUACUAGAUUAAAUAAAACUAAACCCAAGAAUGCAAAUUCUCAUAGGAGAAGGACUCUACUAAACCUGAAACGGAAGAGUCUUGACCCUAUUGAAACAGAAUGCAAAAUAUCAAAAACAACUCGUGACGUAAGCCAGGAACAUAGUGAAAAUGAAUUGACGAGAAAACCAGUAGAAGCUGUAGUAAAUUGUCAUCAAGACACCGAUGAAGUUGAGGUAAUGCAAAAGGAAUAUGAUUAUAAUAAUGUUGAAAUAAAUAUACAGGUGCAGGAUAAGCAUAUUCUGGAAGUAACAAAUUCUCAGGACAAUUCACCACUAUUCUGUAGAUCCAUCGAGGAUGUACAGAAUAACGCUGAUGCAAACCAUGAUGAUACCAAUACAGAUAUAAGAAUAGUUAACGCGAACCUCGACGUCAGCAUAGCUGAAGCGGAUUCUACGUUAUCCUGUGUAGAAGACAAAACAGAGUCUCUCAGUUCUUCCAUAUUACAUGAAGCGGAUUCAACGCAAACUGAAUUUUACAUUGAAAAUGAUAAAACACAUUUUGAAAUUGAUGCUGACGUACUACCAGAAGUGACCGAAAUCACCGCAGAAAACAUUAGUGGCGGUGACAACAUAAUAUCUGAAGUAGAAUAUGAAGAUGCGGAAGGUACAAAAGGCGCUACUAAUCCUAAUUUACUAUCCGAAAGUAUAGCUGAAAAUUGUAUAGAAGAUCCUGAAGAUAUUCAAGAAGAUAGUGACACAAUAACACUGACAGAACAAAGUACAUACAACAACACCUAUGACGACUCAAAUAAUACAAAAGAUUCAGAUGCCAGUGAGGAUAUUCUAGUAACAACUGUAGUCACUGAACUAGAUACAAGCCAUCUGAUAAGAAUAUGCAGCGACAACAAGGACAUUGACAAUGAAGCCAUACUGGACGAUGAAGGUAAGGUAGAAGAAAAUAAUUGUCUAGAUAUUGACAUGAAUCCGAUGACAGACAACUCGAUAAUUGGUAAUGAUGACUGUUUAGACCAAGAAGUUACCGUAGGAAAUAUUUCUGGAGAUAUCGAUACAAGUAAUGAAGAGCCAGAAUUGGUUAUUGAAAUUACGUGUAAUAACAUAGAAACAUUGCUGAAAGAAACAAAGAGCAUUAUUGUUAAUAAUUGUAUAAACACUAAUAAUGAGCGGCAAGAGUCCGAAGUGAUAACUGAAAAUAUCAUCAAAGACGCUGGCACAGAAUUAGAAAUUUCAGAACCAAUAGAAACUUCAGAUGAAACAAAUAUAAAAUUGAAAGAGUCUGAACAAGAUUACGAAACUACCACCGCUCAUUCAAAAGAGCCAGAAUUGCCAGUUGCACAUAUUCAUGAUGAUGCUGUUAGACAAAUGGUAGUCGAAGAAACUGAAAUUGAUCUGGAAAAUACAGAUAUAGCUCUCGAAGUUAGCGCAGAUGCUAAUGCAGAAUCGGAUAACUCCAUAAUUAUCCUAGAGAAUAACAAUGCAGACAUCGAUACACAAUGCAAAAAGACUGAACUUAUCCACCAAAAUGUUUGUGAAGAAGAUAACACCACACUUGAAACAACGGAGGCUGUUCAAGAAAACAAUCUAUCUGAAGCGUCAAAUGCUGAACCUGUGAUUGAAAUAAACAAGGAUAUGAUUUGUGAAGACGUUACACCCGUGUCCAUGGAUUCCGUCUCUGUAGAAGACGAUACGACUAUCACAGCGAUAAAUACGACGCAGGACAAUAUAUGCGUGGAAGUUGAUAAACAGCCAGAAGUAGUAGAAACAGCAAUGCACAACCGCUGUGAAGAUAUCACGACAACAUCAGAGCAAAUAGACAUAACUGCGAAGAAUAUGUCUGAAGACUGUGAAACAAUAGUUGAAGGGGCAGAAAUCAACCAGGAGAAUUGUCUUGAUGAAGUAGGACAAAAUUCUGUAGAAACAGCUGAUACUAUGCUAGAGCAGAUAGACACAAUUCAAGUCAUUGACGUCGAUACAGAAACGGAAAACAACCAUUCAACGCAGGAAAAUAUUUGCGAAGAUGACAUUAAACUGGAAGUUGCAGAAUGUGAAAUAGGAGAACCCAUUACAGAGUCCGUUAGUUUAGACGAAAAUUCUGUCAUUCAACAAACCGACGAUGAUCAAGACAAUACACGCAAACAACUUAAUGCUAUGCUUGUAGAAACAGAAGUAACGGACAAAAACAAAGAUAUAGAACUGGAAAAGCCAGAACUGAGUAACCAAAAUACGUUCGAUAGUCAUAUAAUUGAAGAACAAAUUAAAUAUAUUUCUGUAAAAUAUAAAACACCAGAAAUUACGAAAAUAGAUAAAGCAAACACUUACACAAAUGAGGUGAGUAAACUGACAGAAUUUAUUCCGGAAAACACAGGUGUAGCAAACAGUGAAUGUGUCGGUGAAGUAACCAGCCUCAAAGUUAGUGAUUUUGAUGUAGAAGUAAUUUGUGAAGAACUCACGAGUGAAAUUAUUAAAAAUGCUACAAAUGAAAUUCCAUCAGUUAACAGCUAUGAAGUGCAAAAUGACAACAGUAACAAAGAUUCUGAAGUUAUGGACAAUGUUUCUGGUUUUGAUGUAGAAGUAAUUUGUGAGGAAGUCAAUGAAAAUGUUAGCAACACCAAUUUGAAACCCGAAGAAAGCAAUUUAGCAGAGGAAGAUAUCUUAGAAACAGAAGAGGCAGUUAAAGUACUUAAAGAGAGUGCAAAUAAGACUGAUGACAAUGUUAUCUUGACACAGAGUGGAGAAAGUGAGAUUGUACUUAACAACAGUAUAGAAUCAUCAAAUAGUGAUUCUGCAGACAUAGAGGAGGUUAAAAUUUUUGUAGGAAAGACAGUUGAUGAUCUUGUUAUGAUAAACGAAAAACAAUACAUUGUAAAAGGCAUCAUUGACGUUGGAGAUGACAAGGACCUCGCUGAAUCAGUUUUUGGCGGUACUUCGAACGAAAUAAACGAGUCAGUGAUACAAAAACCAAUUAAAUAUACAAAUUUACAGAUGUUCGAAAAUAACACCCUUCAUGGUGAUGAUUCCGGCCCGAUACUAAGAGUUAUCGAGUACGAAGAUGAAAAGAUGGAAAAAUGCUAUCUGUUUCCAGUUAAUUCUGUUUUAUCAAACUUAUGUGACAGCGACGAUGAUGAAACCUCGUCUCCUGCAGAAAAUAUAAUAGUAACACAACAGCUAGAUGAAGUUGAUCAAAUAGAAGAAAUAGAUGUUAAACUUAAUAUGCCAAAGAGAACAUAUUCAAAGAAAUUCACAAACCGAAUAGAUUUUGACAAGAAAAACAGAAAGAACUUGAAACGGAAGGUUGACAUGACAGACGUAAAGGUCUACGAGAAGAAGUAUAGAAAAGGCAAAAAUAUUGAUUAUCCUAAAAUAACAAUCGCUACAAUGGGAGACUCGUCUUAUAGCAAAGAAUUUAAGCGGUUGCUUGAUUACUGUAGUUCUGUAACAUUUUCAUAUUCGCGGCCAUUCCAUAAAGAAUACAUAGACGUGCAUCACAUAUUAAAAUCUUGGCCCAUACAAGGCAUAUGCCAUGUUCCACGAAUGAAAACUGAAAACGAGAAUACGUUAUUCAGAGACACAGAAACUGUAGUUAGUAUUUAUGAUCCAAGUAAGCAGACAUUGGCUGAUGAAAUUAGCACCGCGAAUAGCGAAGAAUCGGACUAUGUAUGUUGCGACAUAAAUGAAACCAAUUUCAAUAUGGGUUUUGGUGAGGGGUCCGGCAGAGUCAUACAAAAUUUGGAGGACGGAUGUGGUACAAAAUUUUCGGCUGCGACUCUGUCGGACGUAAAACAAACUCAGCCGCUUUUACUGUCCGAAAAUUAUGGUAACUGUAAACGUGUGCAUAGUCAAAUUAACUCGACAUAUAAACAUGAACUUGAUUUCAUUCAACGCAAUAUGAGAUGCAUUCAAAUGAGAGAGAAAGUAAGAUCAUUUUUUAAGAAGACGAUGACUGAAUUAACUUAUGAUUGGAUGAAAGAGCAAGAAAAAGGUGAUUAUUCUGAUGGUUUGUUUGAUUCAGAGUUUCCAUAUGGACUUACCGAUCCGGACUUUAUGCAGCCAGCGCCAUUUUAUGCCACUGUCCAGGUUGUGCAAGUCGGUCAAUUGCCAGUGAGUGCGGCGGCACAGAACCCAGUGACUUGUGAUCCGAGAGUAACUCAAGUUUCUAACGUAAGUCCAUCUCAAUGUUCGGCUGAAAACAGCCCCAGCGACGACCCGCAGUCAGUAAUAAAAACUGAAUAUACGGAACUAACAACUGCUGAUUUAAGUAUGCCUUUAGCUCAAGAGUACGUGCAGCACAUACAGUCCAUGCCAGUACCGACUCAUGAAGCCAUGAACUAUCCCAUGGGCAGUAAUUACACUGUCGAUGUGGAUAUAAAACCAGAAAUCAAAAUAGAAAUGGAAGAAGCGCCUGAAAUCAAAGAGGAGGUAAACGACAAUUAUGAAAAUAGUGACUAUCCACCACUGUUCGAAAAGAAUAUGAUGAACAACGUUGAUUAUUCUUACGAAAGUAACCACUCUCAUAUAACACCACUAGAACCGAAUCCUAAUACGACAUUGCUCUAUAAUUACAUGGACAAGCAACCUGAGACAUAUCCACACUUGAAACACCAGCAACAACAGGACGAACAUUUGCAAAUGCAGCAACAGUUGCAACAACAACAACAACAGGAACAAUAUCAGCAACAACAGAAAAUAUUACAACAACAACUUGAACAAGAGCAACAGUUGCAGCAGCAGCAACAGGAAUAUCAACAGCAGCAAAUAGAAAUGCAGCAAAUGCAAAUGGAACAAGAACAACUUAAAUUGCAGCAGAUGCAACAGCAACAGCUGAAGCAGCAGCAAGAAGAGGAGCUAAAACAUCAACAACAUCUGCAAGAGCUGAAGCAACAAGAAGAAUUGAAACAUCAGCAGCAUCUCUUGGAGCUCAAACAGCAACAGGAACUUAAGCAACAACAACAGCAGCAGCAACUACAAGAGCUCAAACAGCAACAGCAGCAACAAAAACAACAAGAGUUGAAACAGCAGCAACAAAAGCAAAAAGAACUGAAACAGCAGAAACAACAAGAACUAAAACAACAGCAGCAGCAACAAAAACAAGAGCUUAAACAGCAACAACAACAAAAGCAACAGGAGUUGAAACAACAGCAGCUGGCGCAACAACAGAAACUUAAGCAACAGAAACAACAACAGCAAGAACUAAAACAGCAACAACUAAAGCAUCAGAAGCAACAGCAACAGGAGCUGCAGCAGAAACAAAUGCAACAGCAACAACAGGAGUUGCAACAAAAACAACAGAUGCAACAGCAACAAGAAUUACAGCAAAAACAACAAAUGCAACAACAGCAGCAGCAACAACAACAAGAACAACAUCUGCAGCAACAGAAUGGUUCGCAAGAUAAGACAGAUCAAAUAGCCCACGCAAUGAAUGCGGCAGGCAUCUCCUCAGGCACAGAUACCAUAUCAGGUAAUAGAGCUCAAGCUCUAGUAAAUAUGCUAUCUCAAAAACUCAGACAAGGUACCGUUACUUCUGGCCAGGCAUCUACAAACAAUUUUCAAAAGACCACAUCAAUUAAUGCUAUGGCAUUACAGCAGGCCUUAGCGCAAAUACUACCACCGCCUCUGAAUCAAACCAAUGGAUCAGAAAACAAUCAACAAACGACCAACACGCAAGUAACACCACAGGUUUUACAUAUAGUUCAAGGAAAAAGCGCUUCAGGCAACCAUCAACAAAUUACUUUAGUCGAUAAUACUCAACAAUCCGUAAUAAAUGCACCAAAUGCAACUCCAGUGUUGCAUAUUGUGCAGAAUAAAACUGUACCUCCUGGGCCUACUUCAAAUGGAACGCCGGCAUCCCAAACUAACUCCUUCAGCGGACUAUCCCUAGUAGAUGGAAUACAACAAGGAAAUCAACUCCUCCACAUAGUGAAUGCAGGGAAUCAGAAAAAUGCAAAUACAGGACAGCUCUUGAAAAGAGUCAAUCUUUUGACGAACCUUACAAAUGUUCAAGGAGGUAACGAGCAAAAAAUGGUGCAGUUUGUCUGCAAAUCAGCUGAUGGAAAACCUAUACAGCUGAAUGGACCACAUCAACGAAGCAUGGUGUUAAGACUGCAGCCUGUUGAGACCCCUAAUCUUCAACCCACUCAGUCAAAGCACAUGGAGUCACAAGAAAUGAGUCCAACACAUAACGCAAACAGCAAAGAUUCAGAAAUUAAAUCGCGGUCAGUGUACGAAGAAAAUUACGCGAAAUUCAUACAGAGCUCUUCACCUAAAACAAAUGUGCCUGAAAAAGGCACUAGCUUGCCUAAGUUUAACCAAGCAUUUGGCAAGCAAGUCUAUCAAGAUGGCGGACAGAAGAGUGAAAUCAGCAAUGGUAACGCUAUGUCUCCCGGCAGUGAAAACCCAGAAUGUCAAGCCAAUGAUAACGCCAUGAACUUGGAUCAUAUAACACAGAUUGGAAGUCCACCACUGCUUUUGAGAAAAACAUCAACUUCACAAGCACAGCCGAACUUAGUACAACAAAUAAAGCAGACAAUAUCUCCUAUGAAUAUUCAUGGUGGGGUCAUAUACACUCGUCAAAUACCUGUAAACCUUCCUAGUGGGCAGACCAUCAACUUGAUAACUGUUCCUAGUUCGGACCUUAUUGAUGAAUCAAAUAAUAAACAACAAGGAGAGAUGGGAGAGCCGUCAAUAAUAAAGAUUGUGCCUCAAACUCAAGCUAACUCUAACUCUGAACCCUCUGAAGAAAAUAAUUCACAUAUGCCAGCAAAUGAUAAUGCACAUACUCCGCAGCCGCAACCACAGCCUGUGUUAACGCAAAUGAGGAUUAAAUUGCCCAUGUUGAGUAAAGCUCCACAAAUGGUGUCCGGAGGAAGACUUGUAAGGCCAUCAUUCUUCCAAAUACAGCGGAAUGUCAUCUCUGGUACAAAUCAGCCUGUGUACCAGCAACUGGUGCUAACAGCAGCACCUCAAGCUGGGCAGCAGACUAUAAGGCUACCUGCACAAGCUCAAACGACCAGCAGACCGGUGAAAGCCACUCCUAGUGAAAGUCAGUCCUCAACCGAGUCUAUGAGUUCCUCAACAUUGGAACAACUGAGAGAGUUCGAUUUAGUAUUGGAGCAAGUUAAGGAGAGAAGCACGGUACAACCGACUACUAAAUCGAAGAGUAAAAAAGCUUCGAAAGCUUCUACGGAGACAGCUUCGACCAGCUCAGCUGGAGCGGAGUCGUCACGUUCGCAACCAGCCCCACACAAACAACAUCAAGUAUUGUACUCGAUCGGUAACACACAACCUUUAAACGUUGCUUAUGUUAACAGAAAAGCUUCGGGAUCAACGUCCACUCCCACCACCUUCGUACGAUCUCCAGACUCUUCAGGCAUUGCUGACUCGUCACCUUCGUCAUCAUCUCAUAGUCAAAUCCCACACACUGUCACCAGCGAACCGUCAACAUCUGAUGCGCCAGCUACAUCGAAAUCCAAAUCUGGCUCAAAGUCUAAAUCUAGACCAAAAGCUUCGUCGAAUCCUCCCAACACAUUAAAACUAAAUACAACACCUCCGAAGCCAUCUACUCAGAAACCAGCAGAAGAUGAACAAACAACUCAACGGAUUCUAUACAUCUUAGCUGAAUAUAAAGAGCAGGUUGAAAAUUCUCCGGACAAAGACAAACCGGCACCGCGUCGUAGAACUAACCCACCUUCGAAUCCAGGGUCUUCGAAACGCAAGAAGAGUUCCAGCUACCGUCGAGGGCGGGACAUGAGUCCUAUAGAUGACUCAUGUAGAACGAUGGGCUCUGAAGACAGCAGUUGUGGCACUUCACAGGGCGACUGCAACGAUAGCUGUGUUGACAGUCAUUCACCACAAGAUAGCCCUCGUAAAGUAGUCCGCAAGCUUACCUUCGAACAGGAAGCCCCGCCCACACCGCAACCAAGGCCGCAGCCGCAACGAAACGUCAUCGUAGCUGACGGUCAAACCAUCACUGUGGCUCGAGGUACGGCUGGCAAACCGUCCACUGCUGUCCUUAUGCCUGCUAACUACAUAUUGCCAGUAUCCAUGAUAAAAGGAGGCCAGCAGAUCGCUAUUGUGACUAACAGAGGCCCCAAGCUGUUGACAGUUGGCGGUGGCGAGGGCGGAGCUACCAACGCUUUGUUGUUGCAACGACUAAUAGGCCCAGCUGGAUUAAAACCAGUGCUGACUCGGCCAGGGGUUCGGCAUGUCCGCUUACCAACUGCGGCGCUGCAUAAUCUUCAAGCGUUCAACCUGGCGACUGCAACAACAGUGCAACCACCAGACAGCACUGCUUCGCCGGCCCCCGCCCCCACUCCUCCCGAGUUAGUGGAGACUAGAGCCAACAGUUCGCCGUGGAGGGACCGCGAGGCGCAGGAAGUGAAGCCUGAGCGAGGAUCCAGUCCCGAGGGGGAGCCCUGGCAUCUUCCGGCAACAGCAGACCCGCACGACUACAGCUACGAGGAGGUCGUCCGCACCGACAACAUGGACCGAACCGUACUUGUUGUGCAGAAGAAGUCUGACGGCUCGCACCACAGACAACACCGAUUGACUCACGUGUCUGCAGCAGCCUUGAGACAUAAAUAUGCCAUAUUGGAACAUGAGCUGCGACUACAGGAGUAUCUUUCUCAGAAAUCUCUGUCGGAGGAGUGCGAGGACCUGGGAGUGGAUUCGCCCUCAGCCUCGGAGCUGUUCCCGGAGGCCGAGCUACUGUUUGCCGCGUCGCCGGCGCAUGACCACACGCAGGACCAUCCACAUCAUUCGCAUACGCCACAACCACUCCUUCACCACAGCAGCAUCCCCCAGCCGGACAUGGAUGAUCAGAUAGCCACCGACCAGCUGCUCCCGCGCGGAGACCUGCACGACGAGCGACAAGACCUAGCCAUGGGGCUCGACGACGUCGGCAUCGUCACCGUCAGCGAGGACGGCAUGCAGGCCACCAUAGCGCUCGAUCAAGAGGAGUUCGCCAGGUCACAUCCUAACACCACCUUCCAUAGUGAGCCCACUGAUGAUGGAGUGGUGCAACCAUUCACGAUAAGCGGGCUCAAAGGUCGACACAUAACAUCGACAAUAUUCCACGCGAACCGCGCGCCCGGCACCGUACUGAUGACGGCGCCGCAGACCACCGUCAUCUCGCAGGCGACGGCCGAGACCAGCGGCGCGCACAACGUCAAGUAUGCAGACAUCGACAACAUGAUCAACUCCAUGCCUCACUCACACGGCAACAACAUCAAUUUGUCCUCAGUACUCGUCAAAGAUGACGGUUUAACCAGAUUUGACAAUAUCCUCAACGAUAACAGAGAACUCCACCUCUCUAACACAGCAUCUGCUAUCGUCCACGCGACGGGCAACAACACCACACAAGUCAUCCGACGAGUGUGCUACGGAAAUAAACGAGAACAGACCUCAAGGUUCCUAAUGGACGAAGGCCUCAUGGCCAGCGAAGACGCCAAAAUGAUGGCCGACGAUUCCAGAGACUUCGGCGACGUCGAAGACGAGGGAUCCUCCCCCGAACGGACCGAACUUUUCUGGGAGUCAAACUCCGCAUCAGAACGAGAGACUCGACGGCCGCUCGACUUCAGCAGCGACAGUGAUAAAUGCUGCAAGAGUCCGUCGUACGAGGAGAAUAAUUCGACUGAUUCGAGCGGGAUAGGCGCUCACAUGAGACUGGACUCGGUGAUAAAGGAGGCGCGGGGGCUGGAGCGGCGCGGCAGCGGCGACGGCUCGUCGGCGGACGAGCUGCCGGCGCCCGCGCUGCGCACCUACCCCGCGGCCCGCGCCUGCGUGGCCGGCAAGACCCGCGCCGGCGCCUCGCCCGGGCGGCCCGCCUGCGCCUCGCCCGGCCGCCGCGCCUCGCCCGGGCGGCCCGCCUGCGCCUCGCCCGGCCGCCGCGCCUCGCCCGGGCGGCCCGCCUGCGCCUCGCCCGGCCGCCGCGCCUCGGCCCGCGGCGUGGUGAAGCGCGGCUGCCACUGCUGUUCCGCCGAGCCCGCGCCGCCGCGCCCCAAGAAGCCGCGCCACCGCCGCCCCAACCUCGACUUCACGCCCGCCAACUGAACGCGGCGCGAGGCGUUGCCUACUACUUACGGCUGUGGCACUCUACUCCGUCUGCCCCGCCAGACUGAAAAGCGAUCUCUUCACUGACGAGGUUUCACUUCUUAGGUGUAUUAUAAAAAAAAAAAACGUUGUUGACAUUGUUUUGUAUAUAAUUUUAUAAGUAAAAUAAAACCGGUAGCUAAGUUCACAGCGCAUUCGAUACGCCAUUUUAAUUAUUUUUGUUAAAGUUGAUCGAUUGAUUCUUCGUGAGUUCCUUUACGUGUUAUUAUUUUCUAAGUUAUGUCACCGAUAAGUUCAAAUUCGUUUUUAUCUCUAUAGCGAAUGACGAUUUCUUUUGUAUUGUUAUUUUUUUCUUGUAAUAUAUCCAUAUACAUAAUAUUUUGUAUCGAUAUGUAAUUGUAUAAUAUUGUAUUUCUAUAGGUUACCUCUAAUAGACGUAAGUGUUUCCGUUAGUGAUUACAGGCCAUACUCAAAUAUGAAUUUAAUCGUCUUUUAGCGGUGUAGAUGUAUUAAUUAAUUGAUAACAUAGCCCUUCAUAACGAUGCUAGACUGAUGUUGACGAACGAUUUGUUUCAUUAGCGCGUUGUCAUUUUGAUUCGAGCCAAUAUAUAUUUUUGAUUUUAAAUAUUGUAGUAUAUGCGCAUAGUUUUAGUUGUAAGCGACUUCCAUGUGACACAGCACAAAGUGAACUAUUCAUAAAGUAAAAGACGAUGGGAGCUUUAACUUCAGGUGAUUUGAAUUAUUUUUGAGAUUUCGUUUAUCUAAAUACUUGGGUGCCAAUAGUUUACUUGGCGUCUAUACUCACCUGUGCUUUUACGUUACGUUUCCAAAGGGCGUUAUUAUCGCUGUAUUUAAUAAUAUAUAAACAUUUAAUAGUAGCAAUGUGUUAAGCUAGUGUGAAUUUGAUAUCCAUAGUGUAAAACAUGUAAAUAAACUUUUGAUCCCCAAUUUUUGUUUAGGGGACCGUCUAGUCACUAUAGUACCGAUAUGAUAUAGCGUUAUACGUGUUACGCAGGCCGGCCGCUCGCUGGUCACCGGACCGGCUCAAAGCCGAAACAUUCAUUUUCCUUGCAGUAUUCUACCGCUUGUGUAUAUAAAAAGCCAUAAUAGAUAAUGAUGACGAAUAAUGUUUUUUUGUCUCUAUUACUACAGAAUAAAAUGUGAAUAAUUUUCAAAAAAAAAAAAACUAAAUUCUUGACGUUUAGAAGCAAGAUUCAUUCCGAAUUUGUAAAUAGUGGAAUGGGGGUGUUUAAAUUUUAGUGAAUUUAGUGAGUUUCGACCUGUUUUGGGUCGUAUAGUGAAAAUUGUAAUGGGUAAUUAUGUGCACUCGAUGGGUGGUAAAACCCAAAGUAAAACUUAAUUUAGUCGUAAGUGGUAUUAGCGUGCGACGGCCGGGACGACCCGCGUCCGAUGCGUCGCGAGGUUGCGUCACGAGUGCCUCCGCUAAAGACACUAAAAUUAACAGAUCCAAUAAUACGACUUAUAUUAUCCGAGAGUUUUUGAAACCUAUGUAUUAUUUCGUUUUGGAAGAAAAAAAAUCUGCCAUUUCUAAAAAGUAAGGUUCGAAUUUUUUAUAUAUUCCAACAUGUUGUUAAUUGUUCAUAUAAUAUUGUAGGCAGCGUCGUACCUUCGAUAUUAUUGUCCGAACGGAAAUAAAUACAGUAUUGCAGAUGCGUUUUUGUUAUAUUUUUCACUUAGAAUUUUAAAUUUAUUAGCUGUAAAGGGAAACUAAUAAUUAACGUUUAGGAGUUUCAUUAUUUUUUAAUUAAUUGGAUUGCGUUUUGUGAUUACAUAUUGUAAACAUUAUUUUUAAAAGUGCUACAGAAGAAAUGAUCAUUAAAACUUAUCUAUUAAACAUUA